GACACACCAGCACACACACACACACACACACACACACACACACACACACUGUACAGUAGAGAGCGAUGGGACCGCUGCUCUAAGCGCUUUGUGUCGCGGAGAUCUGAAUGAAUGACAGCUCCACCAACAGCUCACAAUAAUGACACGUGAAGGACUGUUUUUGUUACAGGUCUUUUUAUGCUGGUUUUGUAUUCUCCAAAUGCUGCAUGUGACUGAAGGACGCGCUAAGGAAUGUGACUGUCCAUCUGCAAGCAUUUUGUCUCACUUUCCAUCUAAGGUACCCAGUGGCACGUGCUGCUUGAACUACUCAGGGUCCACAUUCAACCAAGUUCCCUGGGCGACUUUUUUGUCGCAUUCACGACUGCAGGUAUUGGACCUGAGUAACUGUAAUAUCAGUCACAUUGAUCACAGUGAGGUCGGUGAUGCUGGCAGCUCACUGAGGGCGCUGUAUCUUGGCCAGAACAGACUGACAGCUCUGCCAGCUGACUUCCUAGCUAAAGCUUAUAGUUUGGAAGUGCUUGAUCUGGAACUGAAUCAUCUGAAACAUCUGCCCGAGCAGUUUCUGAAGAGCUCAGACAAAUUGCGAACGUUGAUCCUUGGAUGGAACCAGCUGAGCGCUCUGCCUCAUUCGACCCUUAAGAGUUCGCUAGAGCAUCUUGAGCUCAUCGGAAACCCCUGGGCCUGCACAUGCUCGCUGUUGGAGGGCCUUCAAGGUGGUCCACACAUUAACUCCAGCAGCUUUCAGGACCUCGUAGGUAACUUGACCUGUGCCUCUCCUCAGAAUCUCGCAGGACGGACUGUCUGGUCUUUAGAGACAAGUGAUGUGUGCCAUUUGGCCAACCUGACCGCCCUCUUCAUCCUGCUUCCCCUGUUCCUCCUCCUCAGUUUGGUGCUCUGCUGGUGCUGUGGGAGGAAGAAGAAGAGGAAAGACAGCUCAUCGUUCAGCCCGACUCGCAAAAGAUCCAAAAACCCCCAUUGCAACGGACGGUGGCCACAUGCCAAGCUGCCGACUAGGGAGUCAGCAGUGUCUGUAGACAGUGGAAAGGAGGUCGUACUGAAGAACCAGCUGAUGCUUCAGCCCUCGUCCAACUUGUUGGGCAGCACUCGGGAUAUUUAUGAGGAGGUGGAGAUCAAACUGGGCUCUGUGGACUCACUGGCCCCUCCGCCUUCCACUUGCUCCACGGAAGGGACCGCGGGAAAGCAGGACCUGGACACGGUGAGUGUGAGCGAAGUGAUGAAGGACUCAGCCGAUCGGGAGAAGGCGUACAUGACCCAGUCCACCGAAUACUACAGCCUUGUUCCCGGGAUUGAAAUCGAGGACUCUGAUCACGGAGAGUAUGAGAGUGUGGACCUCUCGUGACAGUGUGGAAAUUGGCGCAGUCGAUACUCAGAGAUGCAAGCAAGUACACUGGAGUCAUGGGAAGUCUGAAGCUGAGGUUACAUUUGUUAUUUUCUUGGUGAUAUUUCGUGGACGAAUCCAGUCGGUUCAAUAAGAAUCCGCAGAGGGGUUUGGCGCGACUGCGAUACCGACUGCUCCUGCUGAUCACAACUCUCCUCUCUGACCAGCAGAAAGCUGCUUGGUUUGAAAGUUGAAGAAAAAAUAGCGCACAAAAUUGAGCUGAAACGUUGCUAAUGUGGCUGCACCUUCAGUAAGGAUGUUUCCACCUUUUGUUGCAAAUGCACAGUGAACGUUGCUGUUAAAGGAAGUCACUGCGCCGUGCGAAGCCAUUACUUUUGCAUGCAAUGUAAAUGAAUUACUGUCCUGAUAAAGUGUCAAAUGGAGCUGUUUGCAGACUCAGUCUGUUGCCAAGAUAAGCUAUCAUAUAGCUGUCGCCUGGAUAUUUUCAUUAUGUUGAGAUUUUUAUAUCUUCGUCCUCUACUGUCAUUUAGAUGGGAAGUUUUAUUAUUGUAAUAUUACUUUGUGUUUCACGUUCAGUUACAGUGUUUAGAGUCAAUGUAAAAUGUAUUUGGCGUCACACACAACCAUGUAUAUUAUCGUAAAGAGGAAAAGUAAACAAGAGCAAGAGAACAUUAAACAGAACCACAGUUCAGCCUCUGGUCUUUAUCUCCAGUAAUCAAAUCUGCUCAAAUUUGAUGUAUGAUGGACUAACAUUUCUCUCCUACGCUGAAUUUUGGAGGGUUACUGUUUAUGUAACUUUGUAAAUGUUGAUAACAGUGAUUAUUUAGUCAAUAUUAUCUAGCCUGUUUCUACAGAUGGCCUCUGUUGAUGUAAUCAUUAGUUUGGCUUUGUUAAUAAUUAAUGCAUUUUUAGCAAGUUAAAAACUUGUAUAAUCAAAUAAACAGAAAUAGCUAUACUAGUCAAAUGAAGUGGCUUUUAGAUAAGAUCAGACUGACUUGGCAGGUAAAGUUUAACGUAAGCAGAUUUCAGUGAAAGGCAGGAGAGGUUGUGUACACCAUUCAGAAAACGUAACGCUUAACUUUUAACCUAUAAAAUGACUUUAACUGUCUUUUGGUUAUUUGACAUAAUGCUGAAAUUAAAUAAAAUAUAAGUAUUAGAUGAUACAUUGUGAUGUUAAAUGAAAAUGAAAAAUAUUGAUUCAUAAAAUAAAAUAAAAUAGGUUUAAGCUAAAGUAUAACUAAAACUAUAACUGAAACAAAAUGUAAAAAUGAAAGAAAAUUCAAAAUAAUAAUAAAUACUAUAACAAUAUCUAAAUAAUGUACAUGCACUGUCCAUGUCUAUCUGUGACAAAACAAAUCUUCAAGAUCAGAAACAAAACGGUCAGAAAAAGAAUGAUGGUCAAACAACACUGAACAAAACUGAUCUAGGGUGCAAACGGGUUACACUGGACUUACUGUAUGAAUUUAUUGUGAUCUAUUUACUUUGUGACAUCAAACAAUCCUCAAAAUGAGAAAUUAAAUUUCAAUGUUGUCUUCAAAUAAAUGCUUUUUACACAUAA